CGAAGCUCCAGGUUGGGAUAAACAACAGCUCCAGAGUCAACUUCGACUUCUAUGUUGGACAUUGGAGUUUUCCGAUGCAUCGAAUUUAAGAUUUUGAAUCUGAUCUGCCCUGGAUUUCUUGUGAAGGAUAUUUCACGGGCUACGACAAGACUUCUAAGCUUUAUCUUUCUGCAAAUAUCCCCAAGAUGUCUGGAUACAUAUGUCGAAGCUGUCGCAUAUCCCUGCGACGAACUCUACGCUCUCCACGAUUCCGUUCCAUACCAACAGCACGCACGCAUACAACAGAUUCUCUCUUCGAAGAAGACGGCAUGCGAGCCAUGGGUGCGGCAGCAGAAUUCAAGGAAGAUGGAAAAUCGCGUAACGAUGACCAGGAGCAAGACAGAGAACUGCAGUCUAGCAAAAAACAGCUAUUAGACGUCGAAGCCCUUCUCUCCAAACCUACCUGGUCCGUCCGUUCGCUCAUACCAGACGAUAAUGUCCUGCCAGAGGACGAAAUCACCCCCGAGAAACUCCACCACCUACUUCGUCUUUCCGCACUACCUCUGCCAAAGUCCUCUGCUGAAGAAGCUAAGAUGCUUAAGAUAUUGCAUUCACAACUUCAUUUUGUUCGCGAUAUCCAGAAAGUAAAUACAGAUGGUGUGGAGCCGUUACGGAGUAUUCGUGAUGAAACAGAAGAGGGUAUUAAGGAGAUUACAAUAGGGAUGGAGCAAUUGAAAGAGGCGUUUGCGAAGGAGGAUAUUGUUGGGAAGAAUAGAAGGCCACGAAGGAGGAGGGACAUAAAGGUAGAUACCAAGGGAGUGGAGGAUUGGAAUGUGAUGGGAUCAGCUGCUGAGACGGUUGAGAUGAAUGGAUCGAGAUACUUUGUGGUUAGGAGCGGGAAAGGGCAGGCAGAAAAGAGCAGAUUGAAUCCUGCUGAAUGGAGAAGUAUAAUGCAUGAGAAUGCUGGUGAGGUGGAAGACUUGCCGGAAGGAUCAGAUAUGUCAGCAGAGACAGGCUCUAAAGAUGCCCACGUUCUUGAUCAAGAACUCAAAUCAUAAUGCUAC